AUGGCUGAUAAUGCCGACCCAUUUCCCAAGCUCUCAAGUGUAUAUAAAAGCACUCAUCCUCAGGUUAAUCAAUUGAAUCAUCAUAUAGCAAACAUCAAUCUAAAUUCAAAAGCUAGUGACUGCAAUGUUACCCCACGGGAGUCAUAUAACAGAGCUGGAAGUAGUGUUGCAAGACCCUGGUUUCCUCAGAAUUCUAUGCAGACACGAAAUGCUGAUCUUAAGAAUUCCAAUGACAGAGUAAAUGCAUGGAUCCAACAGUCUAAGGGUCCUUGGCAAAAUAAUUACAUUGGCCAACAACCUGUAGUAUCUCCACCCCUACAGCAAGGAUCAUUUUGGUCUGCUGGAGCUGAUCACACUCAAUCUAGUGACUCAAAAAAUGGCCUGUUGAAUGAUGAAAUCAUCUCAAACUCCUACUGUGUUGAUGAUGAGAAGAAUGAUAAUGAUCACUCUGAGAUUGUUUGUGAUAGUGAUGAUGAUCUCUCAAAUUAUGACUCUGAUUUAGAUUCAAGUGAAGUGAGCUAUGAGACACUCAAGAAGAGCAAGUGGUUUGUGACAUUCUUUGAGUCUAUGGAUAAACUGCCUAUUGAGGAGAUCAAUUUACCCUCAAGGCAGUGGCACUGCCCAGCAUGCAAAGGGGCUCCUGGUGCCAUUGAUUGGUAUCGAGGCCUGCAGCCCUUAAUGCAUCAUGCCAGAAACAAACAGGCAAGAAGAGUAAAGCUCCACAGGAAGUUUGUCGAAAUCUUGGAUCAGGAGUUGCAAAGGAAGGGAACUUCAUUGACACUAUCUGGUGAAGCAUAUGGUAAAUGGGAAGGCCUAGAUGCAAAGGUUAAUGAUCAUGAAAUAGUAUGGCCCCCAAUGGUUGUCAUAAUGAACACAAGAUAUCAGCAGGAUGACAACAAUAAGUGGAACGGAAUGGGAAAUCAAGAGCUUCUUGAUUACUUUAGCUCGUACUCUGCAUUGAAGGCUCGACACUCAUAUGGUCCAAAAGGGCACCGAGGCAUCAGUGUGCUAAUCUUUGAGAGCUCGGCAUCAGGGUAUUUAGAGGCUGCACGUUUGCAUAAACAUUUCAAAGAGCAAGGAAGAGAUAGGGAUGCGUGGGGUCGUUGUAAGACCCCUUUUUGUCUGGGUGGGAAGCGUCAACUUUAUGGUUACAUGGUUGUGAAAGAUGACUUGGAUAUCUUCAACCAACAUGCCCAUGGUAGGUCCAACUUGAAAUUUGAGAUGAGAUCAUACCAAGAGAUGGUUGAGAGCAAGAUAAAGGAUAUAAAUGAUGAUAAACAGCAGAUUACCUGGUUUAAAGAAAGGGUUGCUAAAGAGAAGAAGCAUUCACAAACUCUGGCAGCUACUCUAUCUCAAGUCAGUGAGAAGUUGCGUAGAGCAACAGAAGAAAAUCGUAUUGUCAGAGAGCGAAUUAAAAUACAGCGUGAGGAGAACAAAGAGGAGAUGGAUGCCCAAGAACAAUUUUUUAAGGAUCAAAUCAAAGCUAUUCAACAAGCUAUAGAUGCAAAGGAAGAUAGUUUUGAGCAAUUACAACAGCAGGAGCGAGAGAAAGUGAAGAUGACAAAUUCAUCUAAGAUAGAGGAUCUAAGAAUUAGGCAGCAGGAAAUUGCUAGAUUCAUACAGUUCCAGGACAAAGAGAUGGAACAAUUUGUAGAUGAGAGGGAUAAGCUGGAUAGAGAUCAUGAAUACAUGAAGCGAAAGCUAAGGCAGAGGUACUGGAAGGAAGAGGUUGAGCUGGAGAAGAAGUAUGAAACUGAAAUAACCCAGCUAAUGGAGAAGUAUGCCCCCUCAUCAUCAUUAGGAACAAACAGCCAAUAG